AAAUACAUCCGGUAUUUUCCAGGCCACAGUAAAAGGGUUGUGGCCCUCUCCAUGUCUCCGGUGGAUGACGCCUUUAUUUCUGGAUCUUUGGAUAAAACGAUCAGGUUAUGGGACCUUCGCUCUCCGAACUGUCAGGGUCUGAUGCACCUGCAGGGGAAGCCGGUGUGCUCCUUUGACCCUGAGGGCCUUAUUUUUGCAGCGGGGGUGAAUUCUGAGAUGGUGAAGCUGUACGAUCUGCGGUCCUUUGAUAAGGGUCCGUUCGCCACCUUUAAGAUGAAUUAUGACCGGACCUGCGAGUGGACGUCGCUCAAAUUCAGCAACGAUGGAAAAUUAAUACUACUGGCCACCAACGGCGGCUUCCUGCGGCUGGUGGACGCCUUUAAAGGGGCUGUACUGCACACAUUUGGGGGGUAUAACAACAGUAAGGGCGUCACCCUUGAAGCCUCGUUCACCCCAGAUUCGCAGUUCAUUAUGAUCGGGUCAGAGGAUGGAAAGAUCCAUGUGUGGAAUGGAGAGGGCGGCAUGAAAGUUGCUGUGCUGGACGGGAAACACACCGGCCCCAUCACCUGCCUGCAGUUCAACCCCAAAUUCAUGACCUUCGCCAGCGCCUGCUCUAACAUGGCUUUCUGGCUGCCGACUAUUGAUGACUGAGUCCUGCCCCGGCCGCCAUCUACAACUGGGAUCCAUAUGAAAUAAGAAGCAUGGCUUCCCUACGCUCUCCAGUGUUACCCCCGUGACUGCACAUGGUGCCGCUUUGCUGAUGUUGAGGAGGAUUCUGGUGUCGUCACGUGGAGCGCAUGUACUUCCUGUGCUGGUUAUGAAGACCACCUUAUUAUUUUAUCAUUUACGGAUACGUACACGGAUGGCCGGCGGCUCCAUCUUUUCUGUCGGGUUUUUCGGAUCAUUGACUGACUGUUGUAGGCUUGAGCGAUUCGAGCUUCGGAACAUAGAUCUGAAGCCGAUUUCUUAAAAAACUUUCGAAUGCUUUUUCCGUUCAGCAGUAAAACAUAUGGGCUCCAUGUAGCAAAACUUUUUGGAAGAAGUUGUGCGAGGCUUCGGUGAAUGUCUUCAGUAUUCCUGUCUUCGUCUUUAAAAACAUUUUAAAACAUCCCAAGUGGUACUGAGGUAUCGGCCAGAAUCGAAGCAGACUUCAGAUCCCUGUUUUUAAAUAUGCAGAUAGGAAUACCGUAGACUUGCGCGACUUCGCCCGAGACAAGGUUUUGCUGCACAGAGCCAAUACAUUUUAAUGCUGUAUGGAAGCAGCAUUAUAAAUUAAGUUUACCAAAUCAACUUUGGAUCUAUGAUCUAAAGCUCGGUUCGCACUCCCUUGUCAUUUCUGUAUUGAGUUCCCAUAAAGCACUAGUCCCGGGCGUGAGGACUUAUUUUAUCAUUGCCUUUGAGGUGACCGGCAUCUGAUCUGAUGUGAUUAUAGAUUUUUAUGUUCUGUGUCAGGAUGGACAAUGGUUCUGGACCCAGUCACACCACAGGAUGUGUCUGCUGUCAUGGCCGGUUCACAUUUUGAGCGUUGAGUCACUUUAUAAAUCCUCUGUUUUACAGUUUUAAAAUCUCUGCUUGCUGUCAUGCCAUAUGAACAUCUGUUGUUUGCUUCCAGUGGAUAUAAAUCUGUCCUGUCGCAUGCAGGUCCUAUUACCAGACACUGCUCUGCUUGCUUCCAGCACUUGGCAUGAGGUAUAUCCACAUUGAAGGUUUCUACUCUGUGACUGCAAGCAGAGAUCUUAAACACUGGGAGGAAUUGCCUGUGUAUUGCAAAGUGUUCCUUAUAUCAAGGAUAACUUUUUUUGGGCAGAAACCAGGGUAUUUCUUUAAUGUGCGGGCACGCUCUGACUGCUGUCAGCUCCGCAGUGCUUUAUUAUACGGUAAUUCAUUUAUUAUUAAUCGCAGCAGGCGAGAGACGAAAGGAAAAACGUCAUGAACCCGUCCGCCACAUGAUUCAUGAUCCGCCAAUGUUUGGAUCCAUCCUGGACCAUCCUCAGUACCUACCUGGGUCUAAUCCAAUGUACGAUUAAUAUACGGUCCCUGUAGAUGAAUCUGCACCUGUGUCCUCAUCGUUGCUGGUCCUCCAUCUGUAGUGACCGUACGGUACGUUCUUCUAGACGCUGAGAGGACGUGAGGCGGUACAGGAUGGACAUCGGCAGGUAAUCUGGAUCGCUUGCUGUCAGUUUCUGUUCGCACAUUUCCGUCUGGUGGGAGAAUCUGUCUGCCUCUUGUAGGAGCCGGCGCCGUCUGUGUGUAGGAGAGGUGAAUUGGAGACUAUUGAUAUUGCAUUAUAGCGCAGGAGGCAGAUCUUUCCUUCUAGUGUCUGGACUGAAGAGUAGCUCCAUUGUGCUAAGAUCUCCAAUGCAUUCAUUGGAGAGCACGCUGCACCCCUUUACUAUGCCAUCAAAGUCCGAUAAGCGAGCGUCUUGUACCUCCUGGGGGAAAGAAAAGCUGUGAGCGCGGAUGUCCCAUAGAAAUUAAUGGAGAGUGAACCCACCGCUCCGUUCACUUCUAGGGCUUGGAAAUGGCCGAGCCAGUAUACAGCCAUUUCUGGAACUCCUAUAGAAAUGAAUGGAGGGCAGCUGCGCAUGGACAACUGUUCUUCACACGCUUCGGGGGGUUCUGUUCUGGAGAUAGGACCUGCCCCAAUCUGACACCGAUGUCUCAAAUGUGACAACCCCUUUCGGGUAAGUUGCACGCAGGACUGCACUGGUGCUCUCCAUAGACGCAGAUCCGGCAACAUUUCUUAAGUGCUUUCUAAAUUUCAUAUGGACUGUGCAGUCCAGCAUCUCCACAUGCACCAUAAUGCUGUCACUGUUAUCCAAUACGUUCCAGAACUGUAAGGGUUACAUGGCAUCAUAAAUCAAUCUAAUGCUAUGCGACCCCAUCAGUGCUGGGAGGUCAGGACGGGAGCGUGAUGCUCGCUCGUCUAAAGCGGCCAUAGGCAUGGUUGAGAGACAUGAUUUACUAGGUUCCUCGGCAUUGGAUGGAGAUGUGGCCAUGUGUUCUCGGAUGUUCUGGUUCUUCCAUAUUAACCAGUUUUCUACAGACGUCGAGUUGCGACAUUUUAUUAAUUUCAUGUUUGGUGAAUUUCAUCUGAUGGUUUGUUUUUUCCUUUUUGGUCUUAAAAGUAUCAGUUUUUUUUAUUUUUAUUCCUCUGUUUGCCAAAAUUGAAACCUGAGGCUGAUUGUGUCGGAGGUAUUACACAUGUAUUCUGUUAAAGGGCCAGUACCCCAAAUACUAGUUUAUUGGGGUAAAUGUCUGUCCCAGCCCUGGAGCUGUAGGACAUGAGGGACGUUUCUACACCUCCUCCCAUUCAUCGCAUUGACGAGUGCUACAGUCAGCUUCUCCCCAGCAUGAAAUGGCUGAUAACAGAGAAGCAGUAGAUUAGGGUAACUGGCUGCACAUGGGCAGACCUUCUGUAUCUUCAGCUUUGCAUGAUCUGAACCCCGAUCUAUCAUGCAGUCAUCUUCCAGUAUUGCAGCGGCAGUUUGGAGGGACUGCUCGCCACCAGUGUUCUGUGACAGGUUUUAUACAUGUGUUCAGACGCGUGUGGACAGUUCCCGCAGUAAACUGUUCACUUACAUUCCUUGUAUAUAUAUUUUUACAGAAAUAAAACAAUGAUUACAUGUUGUA